AUGGGAUACUCCAAACCUCAAGACACUCACGCCUUCGGGCCCAAGCGUGCGUCCCGGCAGGCGUGGGGGUGUGGGUGCGGUGUGGAUGUUCCUGCGAUCUGCAAUGGAAGCUUGCUGAGAGGUAGCACAUCUAGGAAAGAAACCACAAUCGGAUCUCUGCAGUGA